GUAGGGAGUUGUUUGGCGGACCCCGCAAGUUUUUCUUUACUUUACAUGUUAUUUUUGUUUCUCUAAAGGAGGCCAAAUUCUUCAUUUCUGUCAUCACUUGCCGCGUUGUUCGCUCGGUCUGUCGACAGACUUUAAAGACAAAGUGUUCCGGGGCGUGGUACACAACUACAGCCGGAGAAGGAAGGAAGGAUCGGGGACUCGGACCGGCCGCGGCGGAGCUCAUGAUGCCGACGUUGCGGGACAGCACCAUGUCCCACCCCGGCGAGAAUUCCCACCAAGUCCGGGUCAAAGCGUAUUACAAAGGGGACAUCAUGAUCACUCAUUUUGAGCCGUCCAUCUCAUACGAGGGUCUGUACGGGGAGGUGAAGGACAUGUGCUCCAUGGACAACGACCAACUCUUCACCAUGAAGUGGAUCGACGAGGAAGGUGACCCCUGCACCGUGUCGUCUCAGCUGGAGCUGGAAGAAGCUCUGCGUCUCUACGAACUCAACAAAGACUCGGAGCUCAUUAUCCACGUGUUCCCCUGUAUACCUGAGAAACCUGGCAUGCCGUGUCCGGGAGAAGACAAGUCCAUAUAUCGGCGUGGAGCGAGGCGCUGGAGGAAGCUUUACUAUGCCAGUGGUCACGCCUUUCAGGCUAAGCGCUUCAACAGGCGAGCCCACUGUGCCAUCUGUACAGACCGGAUCUGGGGUCUGGGAAGACAAGGCUACAAAUGCAUCAACUGCAAACUGCUGGUGCACAAGAAGUGCCAUAAACUGGUCACAGUGGAGUGUGGCAGACCGAUGAUCCAGGAACCAAUAAUGCCGGGCCCACCAUCAGGUCAAUUAGACCAAACUGAACAGCCAGGCCCUCAGAAUAAAGACUCCAGUGAAAGCUUGACUUACGAUGGAGAAGAGAAAGAGGCAACAAGCAGUAGACACCCGGGGAAAUCGCCUUCCAGCCUCGGCCUGGCUGACUUCGACCUGCUGAGGGUGAUCGGCCGAGGCAGCUACGCCAAGGUGCUGUUGGUGCAGCUGAAGAAGACGGAGCGCAUCUACGCCAUGAAAGUGGUGAAGAAGGAGCUGGUCAAUGACGACGAGGACAUCGACUGGGUCCAAACAGAAAAGCACGUUUUCGAGCAGGCCUCCAAUCAUCCCUUCCUGGUCGGCCUCCACUCCUGUUUUCAGACAGAAAGCAGACUGUUCUUUGUUAUUGAAUACGUGAACGGUGGAGAUCUCAUGUUCCACAUGCAGAGACAAAGGAAACUCCCAGAAGAACACGCCAGAUUCUACUCAGCAGAGAUCAGUCUGGCACUCAACUACCUCCAUGAAAAGGGAAUCAUCUACAGAGAUCUGAAGCUGGACAACGUGCUGCUGGACUCUGAGGGGCACAUCAAACUUACAGACUACGGCAUGUGCAAGGAGGGCUUGAGACCAGGCGAUACAACAAGCACUUUCUGUGGUACCCCCAAUUACAUCGCCCCCGAAAUACUCAGAGGAGAGGAUUACGGGUUCAGUGUGGACUGGUGGGCGCUGGGCGUGCUGAUGUUUGAGAUGAUGGCGGGGCGGUCGCCUUUCGACAUCGUUGGGAGCUCCGACAAUCCCGACCAGAACACAGAAGACUACCUCUUCCAAGUAAUAUUGGAAAAACAGAUCCGAAUCCCCCGCUCGUUGUCAGUCAAAGCCGCCAGCGUCCUCAAGGGAUUCCUCAACAAGGAUCCCAAGGAGCGUCUAGGCUGCCACCCUCAGACAGGCUUCGCUGACAUCAUGGGCCAUCCAUUCUUCAGAAACGUCGACUGGGACCUUUUGGAGCAGAAGCAGGUGGUCCCUCCUUUCAAGCCCAACAUCUCAGGGGAGUUCGGACUGGAUAACUUCGACGCCCAGUUCACCAACGAGCCCAUCCAGCUCACACCUGAUGAUGACGAUGUGGUCAAGAAGAUCGACCAGUCUGAGUUUGAAGGAUUUGAGUACAUCAACCCACUCCUGAUGUCGGCGGAGGAGUGUGUGUGAGGGGACAUGACGUCUGUGCUCACACACACACCACCCACACACAAACACACUCAUGCACGUGUUACGUGGCGUCUCAGUGUCUUCAAGCUGCAUGGUUACGAGACAACCCGGCGACAUCAACCUUCUGUUCGAGGGCCGCACAUGCACAGUAGAACGCUUAUUUGCCAAAACCAGUCUCACACUCUGCCAUUUAUAACCACUUGCCCUUAAGCCUACCUUCUUUCUUAAUUAUUUUUAUAUCAUGUAAAUCUGCACUGAUAUCGAUUUUCUCAUCGGGGCCUCUUUAUCGGUAGCCGACGAGGCUACAGAGUUCUUCCAAGGUUGCUGUAAACGGGGGCGGGGAAUGAGGCACGGCCCCCGACAGAUGAACUGAACAUCCUGUCCUUCCAGCUGGUGGGCUGUUUUCAAUGCAUAUUUUAUUUGUAUAUAUAUGAAUCUACUAUAAAUGUUAGAAAAAGGCCUUUUUAGCUUCAAGCCAGUCAGACAAACCUAAUCAUUAUAAAAUCAUCAUUUUGAAUUUCGCUUUGUCGCCACACCCCUUCUGUAGAGAAAUCAUAACACUAGCCUUUUAAAAAAAAACACACAAAAAGAUAAAAAUCUAUAUAUUUUUCUCAUAUUUUAUUUAACAACAUCAUUAUAUGUGUUGUUCUAAUGUGUUACAUGUCCGGCCUGAGUAACAGAACCAAAAAAAGGUUCAGGCUUUGUUGUUUGGAUGAAAACAGAAGGUGUCUGCUUCAAGUCCAUUCUCCCCAGAAUGAAGGAUCGUACGCAGCUGCAUCGAACCGACACUAAUAACGAGUUAAUGCUCUCUAACUGUGAAUGAAAGAGCUCAAGCUAUGCAGGGCAAUGGGCUGGAAGAGAAGCAUGUCGCACCUGAACGCUGGAGCACAGGCUAGGUAUUACUGUGCAGACCAUCCAUGAUAUUUACAUUCAUACAGGACCAAAAAACAUUUUUCUGAAAAAUGUCUUGCUGGUACGAAUUACACGCUGCAGUAUACAUAUGUGCUGUAACAAGUCAUAGAAUUUAUAUAUUCAGAUUUUUUUUUGUUCUCAUUUUUCAAGGGGGUGUUCACCCACACAUCACAAAUAUACAUUUUACUCUUACCUGUAGUGCUAACUUGGAUUGUUUUUUGUGAGUUGCAGAGUGUUGAAGAUAUGAUGCGGAGAGAUUUAUUAUGUGACUGUUUCUCACUUUGCUUGUUGUGCUUAAAGUACUAAAAAACACAUUUGAAAAACCCAACAUGUCCUUAUAGAAAUCUAACAAUGCCAUUUUCUGCACAAAUUAAGCAAAACCACAAUAAACAAAAGAUUAAAGUCCAAUUGAAUAUAUCAUAUCCGAGUUCAUGACCCGGUUACUCAAGAUAAUCCAAAGCGUUUUCUGCGUGUUUUGGGCCUGAACUGUUCUGAGAAGAACUACUCAUGACAUCCCACUCCCACUCCCACAAAACGACUCCUGUCCCAUCCAUCCCAAUCCUGGAAGAAUGACUCCUGUCCCAUCCUUUUCACAGAAGAAUGACUCCUGACCCGUCCUUUUCCCGUUUUAAAAACCUAGAAUGCCUUUUACUAAAGGGCAGAAAAACAUAAAAACACUUUAGCCAGGGGUCACUUUAGUUUUCCUUAUGAGGGCCAGCUGAUAGAUCUGUUUCUAGCUGUUUUAUUUGGCUGCAGUCUAUAUUUCCUUAUAUUUAAAAACUCCUAUAUUGUUGUUAUUCUUCCUGUCUUGCCUGUUCCGUUGACUUUUUUGCUGAAGAGUCAAAAUGCUGUUGUAUUUUUGCCGCAUCUAUUCUUAGUAAAGCUAAGCUAAGUAAAUUGCAGUAAAUUUAUCAAUUUUCCCGUUUUCUUUCAUCUUUUCCGUUACGAGCUGUAGUUUGUUUCUGUGUUGUCUAUGGUCUUGCAUCAGCUGUAUUCGACCAAUCAUUGUACAUUCUAAUGUGCAAUUGUGCUGGAAGAGUGUUUCACACAGGAGCUAAAAAAAGUCACUCAAAACAGCUGUCUAAGAACUACAAUUGUUCUUAGUUCUUGCGGCGCAGACACAAUAAAAAGGGAGGUUCUUAGAACUAUGAUGAAGUUCCUCCAGUCUGAAAACGUCUUUAUGGAGCAGUUAAAUGUUGGAUCUAUUUUCUUUAUUGUAUCAUUUAGUUUUAGGCACUUUGAGCACCACAAGCCACAUCCCACCUAGUAGUGAUGUAAAUCACGAUAUGUUUUUUAUAUUGAGUCUCUGGACCACGAUACGAUAUGAAGCCAUAUAUCGUAUUGUAUCAUAUAUUCCCUUCUAACACAAUCAAUUACAUUUAAAUUAACUUAUAAAAAGCAACUGUAAUGUGCACCGUUUUUAAUAAUAUAAAGAAUAUAAAGGUGGAGCUUCAGAAUAAAGGCAUAUUUUAAAGAUGACAAUGAGUAUCAAUAUUUUCACUUUGCAUUGAUUAUAUUGGAUCAUUAAAUAGAUUUAUCGAUACAGAUCAAUACAUUGUUACACCCUUACAAUGAGAGAAUAUCUCCAACACUCAGCAACCUGCACCAAAACAGUCUAAAUGUAUAAAUAGCACCACAGGUAAGAGGAAUAAUGUAUUUUUGAUUUGGGGGUGAACUGUCCCUUUAACACUAUGCCUUUCUUACAUGUAAAGUCUGUCAUCUUUUUUGUUUAUUUUUGUACUUUCUCCAUUCCAUGUAUGUCUUUCAUUUUUAAAGAAAACACGAAGUGAUUGUUGAAAUGAGAGAUUCGGUCCGAAGCCACGACACAGAGCUCACUGGAACUGGAAACUGUGUCUGCUGGGGUCCAUUUUUUUUUUCACCACAUCUACCAUAAUCUGAUUAGGUAUUUUGUAAAACUGCUUAAAAGCAUAUAAAGGCUCUGCAGAGCAACUCUCUUCCCCCUGACUGUAAGUGAUGGUGCAUGAACCUCCAGACUCUUGUCCAAUCGAAGCUUCUCUCUAAUUGGAAAAUGUUUUUGGGCUCACAUGGAGACCGGAGGAACUCAUUCAUCUGUUACACAAGUUACUUUCGCUAUUUUGUUACUUGUUUUUGUGAAUCAGAUUUAAUUUUGAAUCUUUUUUUAUCACUACAUUGAUUCCAAAAUGUUACUGGGUGAACCCAAAAUGGAAACACUAUUUGUUGUAUUUGUUGUGUUCUGGGGAUGUUUACCACCCAGAGGACUCUGCUGACGUUUAUUAUUAGUGUGCAAAGAAAAAAAAAAAACACAGACGGUAAAUAAACAUUUUAUUUCUC